CAAAAGGCAGUGGGAGCGUGUUGUCAGUGAUGUGGUCUCAGCUUCAUUUAAGUGCUCCCUGCCCCAGAUCUAAAGUGAACCAGCAGAGUGAACCUGCUCAGGUGCUCCAGGGGAAGUCACACCACAUCCCUUUGCAUUUCCCAUACCUGAUUUAUGGCAAUUUGGGGAUAGAGAGCUUCCCCACACCUCCCACCAGCAUGAGGAAAAGCAGGGCAAGGGUUAACACAAUUAAGGUGAGGGUGUGCCCACCCCACCAGGGUCAUAAAAGCCCCAGAGGUACCUCUCACCCUCCAUACUGCUGGAGGAAAUGGAGCCGAGCUCACUGGUGGCACCGGGGGCACAACGGGGCCGGGGGUCCUCUGUGAGACCCCUGUGCAGGAAUUUUGCCCGCGGUUCGUGCAGGUUUGGGCAGCGCUGCCGAUUCUCGCACGGCACGAAGGUUCCCCCGGGCCGGCACCGCGCUCCGGGAGACUCCCAGCACGACCCGGAGCAGCCGCUGCCCGCAGUGAACGGCCGCAGCCCGGUGCACCCCCGCCGGGGGGGGUCAGAGCAGGGGGCGGUGGUCCGGAGCCGGGGGGGAGCGGGGCACAGCUCUGCUGCCAGCACAACGCGGGCAGCCUUCGGACUGCCACGGGCGGAGGAAGAGGAUGGCACUGAGAACAUCCCGGCACGCGGUGACCCCCCCGGAUGUGCUGUCCGUGGAGGAUUCGGCUCUGCGAGAGCUCGGAGUGCCGCAGGCUCCCACCUGAAGGGGCUGAGAUCAGAUCCCAGUUCCCCAGCCCCCAGCAAAGCAGUGCAGACGGCGUGGGCUCAGUGCUCGGAGGAUCCCAUAGAGCUCGGUGCUGCCGCAGCUCCGGUAUCCAUCACAGAUCUGAGGGCACGCAGCGAGGCUGUGGUGUGCGGCAUUUGCAUGGAGCGGGUCUACGAGAAGGCACUGCCGGAGGAGCGGCUCUUUGGGAUCCUCCCCAACUGCAGCCACGCUUUCUGUCUGGGUUGCAUCCGCACGUGGAGACGCAGCCGGGACUUUCCAAACACGGUCAGCAAAGCCUGCCCAGAGUGCCGGCUCACCUCCACCUACUACAUCCCCCACAAGUUCUGGCUCUCAGAUGGAGACGAGAAGCAGCAGCUCAUCGAAAGCUUCAAGGCACGGACAGGGCAAAUCAGGUGCAAAUUCUUCACCCGGAACCACGGCCGCUGCCCUUUUGGCUCUGACUGCAUCUACCUGCACGAGCUGCCCAUUGGGCGAACAGCACUGCGGCACAGCCGGCAGCGCCUGAGGAUGCGUGCAGAGCGCAGCCCUUCUCCCUUGGAAAGCUCUGAUGAGGAAGAAGAUGAAUUCUACCUGCUUGAAUGGGCUGUCACCAGCGCUCUGCUGGAGCUGGAGUUGCUGUACACAAGUUAUAGCCAUGGGAUGCUCUUUGAGGACAUCAGUGAUUCAGACUGAACCCUGGGUAUUCGCUGGGUGCUCUUGGCUUCAAGGAAGCAUCUUCUGGGAACAGAAUAAUCCACUUUUAAUGCUUUGAGCUGCUCCUGGCUUUGGUAUGGGGGGAGGGAGGAUAGCUGUGGGGUGGGGAAUGGGACAGUCCGGCUGCUGCGAGCCUGGCUGGAGCCCGUGGAGCCGGGUGAUGAGGUGGGGAGUGUGGGGCAACGGGGUUCAGCCCCUCCUGUUGCACCUCUGGGAGACUGCAGGAGCCGGGAUAGGGAGGGAGGUUUUAAGGCACAGAGUGCUGAGAGGAACGGGGAGCCGGGCUGCCCUGGGGCGCGGUUUUUAAACUGUUUUUAGCGAAAUCUAGGAACGACGAAAUAAAACACAGCGCAGACGCUGCCUUCA